AUUCUUCAAUCUUGAAUUUAAAACAAAAACAUAAGAACCACAAAAGCAGCAGCAGCAGAAAGAGAGAGAGCAGCGAAAAGUUAACAGCGAAUUCAGAGGCUGAAGCAGAGCAGCGGAGCCCAAGUGCAAGCGAGACGGCAGCAGAGCUCCGCUGCAAGGCAACGGGAAAGAAAGAGAGAUAAAUAGAGAGACAGUGCGGCAGCGACAAAGAGAGAGAGCUAGUAGCGGCAGCGACAGCAACACAGCCACAAAAGAGAACGAGAGAGGGAGGGAGAGCUAGACGACCUACUACACAAAAAGGCUCCCUGGUCGAGAUUACAGCGUAUACAACAACCAAGGAAGCGAAAAAAAGGAAAAAGAAAACCAUUCAAAUAAUUAAGACUGCUACACGGAACAACUAAAAACUACAAGCUAAUUUAACAAGGAGAAAGAACAGAAGACUAGACAUAAUCAUAAACAGAGUAGAUAGAAUUAGAGAACCCGCAAACCCAACAACUAGAACACUAAACAUUAAUUAUAAUACACACACACACACACACACACACACACAUCCAUAUACACAAACGAAACAAAGGAAAGAAUUUGUAAUACAACACCAAGGAAGAAUCACCUUUAGCCUUAUAUACAAUUAAAUACAAUUAAGACGCUAGAAAGACAAGGCAGUGCAAGAAUCCUAUCAAGAAAACCGAAAGAUAACAAGAAAUAUUUUUUUAAUGGGCAGUGUAAAUAAAAACGACGAUCAGGGGAAUAUACCCCCGAAUCGAGAAUUUGAAGAACCCCCUCCACCAGCUAGGGACCCGGGAAUCGAGGAUUCACAUCCGCAAGCUCCCGUAGAAACUGACGAGGGAAAUCAAGAUAUUCCAGUUUCUGGGGAAGCCGACUCUCAGCAGUUAAACGGAGAUUCGGAGAAAGAGAAUAAUACGCCGGAUCAAGAAUCGUCGAUUCCGCAGUCGCCGAUCAAAUCUCCCAAUUCAAACGUGAUCGAAAAUUGUGAGCAAGAACCUGGCGCUGGGAACAAUACUCCAGAUCCUGUGGAAGCUGCCCAGUUUUCUGACGAAGAAGUAGAGAAGAACGAUGCCAAAAGCAGCGGUAACGAGUCGGACUGGAAUACUCGCAGUAAUCAAGAUCGUUUAAGUUCUUCUGAUAGCGAGGACGAGCAGCGGCUGCUAGAAAAUUUAACUAAAUCAAGGCGUGUUCGUCGUCGUACGCGGCAUCCGGAUUCCGAUUAUUCCGUAGAGGUCAAACGUUAUUCCCGACGUAAGAGUUAUUACAGAGGAUAUCACAGUGAAUCAGGAGGAAGGGUUUUGCAGUGGUUUGUCGCUCCCGGUAGCGAGGAAGGCGAUUCACCUAGAAUACCUAGAUCGGAACGCGAGCAUUACAGAGGAUAUCACAGUGACUCAGAAGGAAGGGUUUCGCAGUGGCUUGUCGCUCCCGGUAGCGAGGAAGGCGAUUCACCUAGAUUACCUAGAUCGGAACGCGAGCAUUACAGAGGAUAUCACAGUGACUCGGAAGGAAGGGUUUCGCAGUGGCUUGUCGCUCCCGGUAGCGAGGAACGCGAGCAUUACAGAGGAUAUCACAGUGACUCAGAAGGAAGGGUUUCGCAGUGGCUUGUCGCUCCCGGUAGCGAGGAACGCGAGCAUUACAGAGGAUAUCACAGUGACUCAGAAGGAAGGGUUUCGCAGUGGCUUGUCGCUCCCGGUAGCGAGGAACGCGAGCAUUACAGAGGAUAUCACAGUGACUCAGAAGGAAGGGUUUCGCAGUGGCUUGUCGCUCCCGGUAGCGAGGAACGCGAGCAUUACAGAGGAUAUCACAGUGACUCAGAAGGAAGGGUUUCGCAGUGGCUUGUCGCUCCCGGUAGCGAGGAACGCGAGCAUUACAGAGGAUAUCACAGUGACUCCGAAGGAAGGGUUUCGCAGUGGCUUGUCGCUCCCGGUAGCGAGGAAGGCGAUUCACCUAGAUUACCUAGAUCGGAACGCGAGCAUUACAGAGGAUAUCACAGUGACUCAGAAGGAAGGGUUUCGCAGUGGCUUGUCGCUCCCGGUAGCGAGGAAGGCGAUUCACUUAGAUUACCUAGAUCGGAACGCGAGCAGGAGGCAGAAGCUCAACGUGGCGAAUUUGAGAACUUAAAUCACCAGUACCAGUAUUCAGAAUCUGAUGACGACGAGGUCGCUAGAAAUAGGAACAUAUUUUACCGUUUACAAAAUUACGCUCAGACAAUUCAAGUUCGCCUACCAGAAUCGGAAUUUGAUAGCUACGAUCGUGAACAAGGCUACGGUCAUCAGCUAAAUCGAGAAUCGACAUCCGAUAGCGACGAUCAUUACGGAAUAUCUCUUUCAUCUUCACGAGCUCGUCUAACAGAAUCGGAAUCUGAUAGCUACGAUCGUCAACAAGGCUACGGGCAUCAGCCAAAUCAAGAAUCGGAAUCCGAUAGCGACGAUCUUUUCGGAGCAUCUUCAUCUUCACAAUCGUCUUCAUCGGAAAGACAAAGCUCUGACGAGGAGUCGGUUCGAGCUUCAGACUCGACUUCUGAUGAUUCAGAAUACAGAGUCGAUCCGGCUACUGGGUGGUUAUCGCGCCGUCGAGAAAGUACUUCCGAAGAUAGUGAAGACCAGCAACCGGAGACGCUAGAGGAUAGCAAACAGGAACAGGAAGACAGCGAGGACGAGCAGUUGCAGCCGGUGGACAAUAGCGAGAACGAACAGCAGCCAACUUCUUCUAAUAAACGCGACAAUUUGGAAAACAAGCAGCCGAAAAAGCGCAAAUCGUCAGCCUGCAGCGAUUCAAAUAAUUCGAAAAAACCAUUAUUGGAAGGAGAAACACGUUCAUCACCAUCUUCGUCUCGUGGAAGUCGCACACCAGUUCCACACGAUACAUCAGAAUCUGAGGACACUGAUAAGGAUAAUAUCCCUUUAAAGCGAAAAUUGUCUCAUGAUAGCCUGACUUCUAAGAAAUUGAAAAAACCAUCAUUGCCAAGUGAGGAAGAGCAAUCGGAGGAGGAACGUGAAGACACCGAAAGCGAAGAUUCAGAGGAAGACCAAGAAUCAGAUAGUUCAAAGAAGGAUAACGACACCGAUUCAGAUUCCGAUUCCGAAUCAGAAGGAGGAGGCCCCGCUGCUUCAAAUUCCGAGGAACCUGCACAGGAUCAAUAUACUGAACGCGGCGGAGCCGAUCAAGAUCCUGCUCCUGAAGGCGGAGCCAAUCCAGAUCCAGCUCCUGAAAACUACGAACAAGAUCCAGCACCUGAAACCUACGAUCAAGAUCCAGCUCCUGAAAACUACGAUCAAGAUCCAGCUCCUGAAAACUACGAUCAAGAUCUAGCUCCGGAAAACUACGAUCAAGAUCCAGCUCCUGAAAACUACAAUCAAGAUCCAGCUUCUGAAAACUACGAUCAAGAUCCAACUCCUGAAAACUACGAUCAAGAUCCAGCUCCUGAAAACUACGAUCAAGAUCCAGCUCCUGAAAACUACGAUCAAGAUCUAGCUCCGGAAAACUACGAUCAAGAUCCAGCUCCUGAAAACUACAAUCAAGAUCCAGCUCCUGAAAACUACAAUCAAGAUCUAGCUCCGGAAAACUACGAUCAAGAUCUAGCUCCGGAAAACUACGAUCAAGAUCUAGCUCCGGAAAACUACGAUCAAGAUCUAGCUCCGGAAAACUACGAUCAAGAUCCAGCUCCUGAAAACUACGAUCAAAUCUGUGAAUCUGAAUCUGAGGACGAGGAAUACUAUCCACUCUUCUUCUCAGGGAAAGGGAAGCUGCUAAAAUUUGUAGCAAAUCCUUGGGGCGGUGAUCUAACUGAUUUUGACAUAACACUACUGCUCUAUAUGACCUUCGGAGCCUACAAACUGGAAGACCUACAAAACUAUCUUGGCAUCACUAACCAAGAGCUGGAGAAGCAAUCAGAACAAGAACAGCAACUGAAGCACCCUGAUCAAGAACGAGAACUGCAGAAACACUUGCAACCAGAGCAGCAGCAACGCCUACAACAGUUGCAAAAACAGCGACAGCUGAAUAACUUCCUGUUUGAGCAACAGAAACUGUUUGUUCAAGAAAAAGUGCGCCAACAGCAGGAGCAACACCGUUGGCAGCAGGAUCAGGUAGAGCGCGAACGUAAAUUUCGCCAGCAAGAGGAGCAAAAGCGUCUGGAAUACGAACGCAACUUGGAGAAACAGAGGGAGGACUAUAAUCGUCAGUUGCGUCUGCAGCGCGAGCAAUAUCUGAUUAAGUUCAAGCAGCUGGAGAAGCUCAAGCAGCGCCCGCAGCAGGAGAAUCUGCCCAACAAUACACAGCCACAGCGCAAGCGCGAGCUGAUGCAAAACGAUAUGGUCAGCAUACCUGUGGCCAACUUGAACGGCGGCCUUAAGGCGGCCAGCAGCGGAUCCGGAGUGGGUGUAGUCGCCGCCGGCGGCGUUGUAUCCUCGGCGGUGCUGGCCAAUGCUCCCCGUGUUUACCUAACGCCCUCCUCCACAUUCAUGGCCAAUCGCCAAAUGGCUGGAGUGGCAACCACCGGAAAGAUCAGCGGACCCGUGGUCGGCGGUUCAUCCGGCACAACCUCAGCCGCCGGUACCGUUCGCUAUUUUUCGCAAUUCAGCAAAGUGCAAACGGCUGGCGGACCCGGUCUGCAGAGGAAACUGACCAACGGCGAUACCAUUGUGCUGGCGAACGGCAACAAGAGUAUGUUCCUUACCAGCAGUAAUGAUAACAAGGGUGUGAUGCCGACCGUCGCCACCAAUGGCAAUGGUUUGCUCACAGCUAAAACGGAACUAUUGGAGGAGGAGGGCAUGCAGCCGGUAACUGUGAUUGAUGACGACGAGGACGAGGAUGAGGACGAUGGUGAGAGUAGCAACAAUGCCAAAUCCAUUGGGGAUCAGCAGCCGGAGAAUCAGCCAUUGCCAGUGGUCAACGCGGCCAAUGAUGGCAAUGCCUCCGAUGAUGAGCCCGAGCUGGACAUUGUGAUCAACAAUGUGGUCUGCUCGUUUAGCGUUGGCUGCCACCUGAAGCUGCGCGAUAUUGCGCUGCAGGGAUCGAAUGUGGAGUUCCGUCGCGAGAACGGAAUGGUGACAAUGAAGCUCCGCCAUCCCUAUACCACGGCCUCGAUUUGGUCGUCGGGGAGGAUUACCUGUACUGGUGCCACUUCCGAGGCAAUGGCCAAGGUUGCUGCACGCCGCUAUGCCAGAUGCCUUGGCAAGUUGGGAUUUCCCACGCGUUUCCUAAAUUUUCGCAUUGUCAACGUGCUGGGCACCUGCAGCAUGCCGUGGGCCAUCAAGAUCGUUAACUUCUCGGAGCGUCAUCGGGAGAACGCCAGCUAUGAGCCUGAGUUGCACCCUGGUGUGACUUACAAGAUGCGUGACCCCGACCCAAAGGCCACCCUUAAGAUCUUCUCCACCGGCAGCGUAACAGUUACUGCGGCUAGCGUAAGCCAUGUUGAGUCGGCUAUCCAGCACAUUUACCCGCUGGUCUUCGAUUUCCGCAAGCAGCGUUCGGCGGAGGAGCUGCAGCAUCUGCGUCAAAAGCAGCGUCUGCAAGGCGGCGGUGACCCCAACGAAAUUGAGAAGCAGGUCUUGGUAGAUAACAAGACGGCUUCCCAGGAUAGCAUCUUUGUUAAUACAACAGGGGCGCACUCAAAAUCUUCGUCGAAUGACGUGCUGUCCAGCACAGUUGAUAGUAUGCCUCGUCUGAAACAGAUGGUGAACUAUCACCAGAUAUUGAAACAGACCCAGGAUGAGCGCCGCCACGUACCGUUCCAUGGGGAGAAGGUCAAUUCGGCCUCCACCUCGUCGGCGGCAGCAGCUCCCUCCACCUCCUCCUCUUCCUCAUCUGGGGAUAAUAUCUGUGCCAAUGCCCGUCGCCGGGCAACCGAAUGCUGGGCCACCAAGCUGCAGAACAAGCGUCCACGUUACAAUGAUCCCGGCACCACGGGCACCGUUAACGCCUCGUCAUCCUCAGCAACCUCAGCAUCAGCCGCCACAUCUUCGUUCGCCUCCCAGGCGACACACCUGCGUAAUCCUCUCAAGACGGCCGCAUUGGCCAAUGCUCGUAUGCGUGGCGCCAAGGUGCCAACAUGCAUGGUGACGGGCACACGCAUUGCCUCCAACAGUCUAAUCCUGCACCAGCAGCAGCUGGUCCACAUGCAGCAACAGCAGCAGCAGAAGCUGCGCCAGACCAGCUUCUCGCCCAGCGAGUUCAGUGUCGACGACUUGAUCGAGGAGGAGGAGAGCAACGAAUUGGACAUGCACUUUUAAGCUAGCGCUGCCAGUGCCAAAACAUUUUAACUAAAAUGAUAAAUCGAUGAAAACGCAAACAACAAACACGCCACACUCACAAAACCCCACGAGCUUUUCCCCGAAAAUGUUGGUUAUUUGUUUAAGUCAUUUUUCAUCACAUUUAUUUUUGUGUGUUUGCCGCAUUUAAACCAAACUCGAGGAAACCCGGACACCGAAGCGAAAACAAAAAAAAAAGUAUGGAAACAAGAACAACACUACAAGCACUUGAAUCCAAAGCGAAUCAUAAGUUCGCAGCAAGCAACACCAACAAAACACCGCAGCAACAACAAAAUCAAGAGCCAAAUAUUUAACAUAUAAGAUUUACGUUUAAACUACUUUGUAAGUUAAGCAAGCACACCAGAAACAAACUAGCAGAGAUAGCAAAUAGAUGAUUUCGACCCCGAAGUAUCCCAGAAACCUCAAGAACAUCUGGAUGGUAAACCGAGGAAGAAAGAGAGCUUACCACAACGUAAACUUAAGUUUAGACUUAAAACCGACAGCGAAGUACGAGUUAUGAAUACGUAUGCCAGCGUUUUACGUAUUCAACCGAAAUCUGUGGAUUGCUUGGAGUCACCAUUAUCAUCUAUGGAAGCAAGAACACCGCCAAAACAUAUACUGUAAAUCACACAUUGAAGUAAUCACGAAGACAGGAAGAUGACGAUACGAGCAAGUUGUCCGGGCGGAUCGCAUGCUUCCUUGUGGAUAUAUCUAAUUUUUUUUUUUUGCUGAACACAUUCAUUUCUGCCCAAGCAAACCAAAAUUCUCAAGUAAAAACACGAGGAUAGGAGGAGACCAGAGAAACACACUAGGAUAGUUACCAAUUAUCUGAAAAACAACUGAUUAAUUUCUUGUAUUUUCAUAUCAAUUUUUUUUUUGUUUUCGCUCUAAGUUCUACAUACUAAUUUACAUAUACAUAAAUACAUACAUAAGCGCUUUGUGUGGAGCAUAACAAAACAAAACAAAACGAAAAACGUUUGAAUACGAUUAUUAUAAUAUUAUAAUACACAAACAAACACACACACACACACACAAAUACCUAUAUCUGGUCACUUCUAACCAAUUAUAACAAAACUGAAAAAACAGCAA